GUUCGUUCGCUUCCCUCGAUGGGUCGCUUGGAGGCCCAAACCCUCGCUUCCCGUCGAGGGCCGUGCGCUCCUCCACUUCCCCCGCCGGAGAGUCGUCCUCCCGCCGACGCUAGUCGCCGUCGGUUGCCGCGCAGGCACCCGGAUCGUCGCCGCGGGAGGGGUGAAUCGGAUGGCUCCCGCAACCUUGGGCGUCGUGAGGGAGAGGAAGGGGGUGCAGAAGAAUGUAGGCAUCGCGACGCUGGGGAAUCUGUGCGUCGACGUGGUUCUCGACGUCCCCAGCUUGCCUCCGGCCUACACGGCGGAGCACCGGGCGUACAUAGAGCGGUGGCGGCUUCUCCUCCGGAUAAGGUCAAGUCAGUAACAGGGAUCAAGAACCCAAUUCAGGCAGGACAGGAAUUGAUUAGUAGAGGGGAACGAACAAAAUGGGUCAUCAUCAAAUUGGGUUCUAUGGGAUCUAUUCUGAUCAACAGUUCCACUGUCAUGUGCACCCUCAUUCAAGAUUAAUGUUGUUGAUACUGUGGGUUGUGGAGAUAGUUUUGCGGCUGCCAUAGCUUUCGGCUUUCUUCAUCACAUGCCUGCAGUUAACACACUAGCGCUUGCGAAUGCAACCGGGUGCGAAGCUGGUCAAAAUGAUGCUCACUUGAACAAAGUUCUAGAACUUCUGAAGCAAGCAAAUGUUGGACAUAAAGAUCGUUUUGUUCGGAGGGCCCUCACAAAGAGUUUCAUACUGGUGCUAACCCUUAAAACCAGAUCAUCUCUACGAUGAUUUUAUUGUCCACUUGAAAGGAUUACUUUGAGAUGUUUUUUUUUUUUUUUUUUUUUUCGGAACAUGAGUCACUUAAAACUUAGCACUGGAAUUUCUUUGGUUCAUCUCAAUGAACAAUUGUAUAGUUUUGACAAUGAUUUUAUUGUCUGUUUUCA